AUGGAGGAGGACCUGGUGCUGGCGCUGCGGCUGCAGGAGGAGUGGGACCGGCAGGCCGCCGAGCGCGACCGGGCGCCCCCGCCGCCGCCGUCGCUGGUGGACGCGUCCUGGGAGCUGGUGGACCCCACCCCGGACCUGCAGGCCCUGUUCGUGCAGUUCGACGACCGGUUCUUCUGGGGGCAGCUGGGGGCCGUGGAGGUGAAGUGGAGCGCGCGGAUGACCCUGUGUGCUGGGAUGUGCAGCUAUGAAGGGAGGGGUGGAAUGUGCUCCAUCCGGCUCAGCGAACCCCUGUUGAAGUUGAGACCGAGGAAAGAUCUCGUAGAGACCCUCUUGCAUGAAAUGAUACACGCAUAUUUAUUUGUCACUAACAAUGACAAGGACCGGGAAGGGCACGGUCCAGAGUUCUGUAAACACAUGUAUCGCAUCAACCGCCUGACUGGAGCCAACAUAACGGUGUACCACACUUUCCACGAUGAGGUGGACCAGUACCGGCGACACUGGUGGCGCUGCAACGGGCCGUGCCAGCACAAACCACCCUACUACGGCUAUGUCAAACGUGCCACCAACAGGGCACCUUCUGCUCACGACUUCUGGUGGCCUGAGCACCAGAAAACCUGUGGAGGGACCUACAUCAAAAUUAAGGAGCCGGAGAACUACUCAAAGAAGGGCAAAGGAAAGACUAGGCCGGGAGCAGCCCCGUUAUCAGCAGUGGAGAAUCAAGACAAACAGCCGUGGACCCCUUUUAGUGGGAAAGGGCACGUCCUAAGAGAAACCAGCAGUUCGUCUUCAGCUGGGAGACGGGUCACCUCACACGCCGCUAGUAAAACCCAAGACCUUUUAAGUCGGGACCAUUCAGCAAAUGCCCUAAGACCUAAUUCUAAAAUUGAGGUGAAGUUCGAACAGAAUGGUUCAAGUAAAAAAACUUGGCAUCCAGCCUCACCUGUUCCUAAUGCCAGUCACCAGAAUGUUCUAAGCAACUACUUUCCUAGAGCGUCGGCUGCCAACCAGAAGGCUCUCCAAAGUGUGGACGGCUCUCCAGUGAAAAGCUUAGCAGCUAGUGAUGUCGCUAAAAGUUCAGUCGCUUCUAGUGCUCAGAGAAGGGCUACGUCUUCUAAGACAUCCCUGAGGAAUUCCCUAAAAGCAGCAGAAUUGACGUCUUUGACCACAUCCCAGCACAAGGGUGGGGCUGAGGGUAAACUCCCAAGGAAACGGCCCAGGCUAGAGGACAAGACUGUCCUUGACAAUUUUUUUAUCGAGAAAGAGCAAAUACAGAGUGGCAGUGAUGGCCCCCAGUGCAGCGCACGUCCUGCCCAGCAGCCCGGCAGCCCACCCCGUCCCCGGAAGCUGGUCCGGUGUCCAGUCUGUCAGAACCAAGUGCCCGAGUCUCACGUUAAUGAGCACCUGGACUGGUGCCUUGAACGUGGUGUCAUCAAAGUCAACAGCUGAAACGGUCUCUGAGGCAGGACAGAGUCUCCCGUGCCACCCGUGUCCCCCACUGCUGUGCCGUGACAGCCGCUCAAAAACGUCUUCUGUCUCAGGGUGCUUUUCCGCUCUUGCCUGAUGCGCUGUAGCCCAGUUUGUUCUGCCUGAGUAUGUGUGGAGUUUUCAGAGACUCUUGCUCUUUCCUGCUCUUAACGGGGUUUAAGUCUGUUCAUCUGUCAUUUGUGGGCUCUCCUCAAAACGUUCCUGUGAGGAGUCCUGGCAGGUGUUCGGUCACAUGGAACAUUCUUUUAUUAAUAAUAUCAAAACUCACUCCCUGAACUGAUACUAACUUCCCAGUGUCAGACAUACGGAAAAUCCAAAUGUAAUACUAAGUAUAUUGAGUAUAUUAGUUAUUUUAGGGUAUUCAAGGGUUUUUUUCUGUGGUUUUUUUGUUGUUUUUGCAGAAUCUUAACAGGAAAUACAUUUUCUAUAUUUUAAAGAGUUUUAUUUCUCUGCUUCACCUUUACUGGAAGGUAGCAGAUUUUAGGUUAAAGUAGACAAGGACUAAAGUGAAGUAAUUAAAUUUCUUUCGGAAUAUUACUGGUGUCAAAGAGCCACUGUAAUUCUGCAGGCCAGGUUUAUACUGAGUUUAGCUGUUUCCUCAAAAUUCAGCAGAGUGAGUGGCUGAAACUCAGUGCAGAGAAGUAAUCGGUAUUGUGUGACGUCGCAAAGUUGCCCAGCUUACAUGACAGUGGAACGUUACCUGGAAACAGUGUUAGGAACCUUAAUCCAAAGUAGAAGCCAUGACAGUAAAAGGAACACCACUCGUGCACGUAAAAUAGAUUUCUUUUUAAAGACAUUAUCUUGCACAUUACAGCAAAGGGACGGAGACCCUUCUCCCAGUUUAUUUUCGUCUCAUGCUGCACCUCCGGCCUGCUGGUGGAUUCCCCAGACCUCAGCUGUUCACAAGCUUGCUUUUUCCUUAACGUUGUUGCAGGAUGACUCGUACAGGGAAAGUGCACAGAUCUUAAGUGUGCAGCUGAGUAAACUUUGACGUAGCAUUCACCUGUGUGGCUCCUACCCAGAUCCGGAGAACGUCUCCAUUGCCCGGAAGGCUUCUGCAGGGUGCUGCUGCGUCAGCACGCACCACCCCACCACCCCCAGACGUCACCACUCAACGUUCUCACCUCUCAACACACGUUAGCCUGGUUUUGAACUUCAUAAAUCAGUGUGUUUGUUGCCAUGUGCAGCAGAAGUUCCUUUUCAUUGCUCUGUACUAUUUACUAAAUGUACCAGGAUUCUUUCAUCCAUUCAAAUACUCACAGACAUCUGAAAUAUUCCCACUGUGAGGCUUUUAUGAAUAAUGCUACUGAGAACAUUCUUCUGUCAGGUAUGAGCCCGGGAGUGGACUGCUAGGUCACGGGCCAUGCUCACGUCUGGCUGUUAGCUUUAGGAGGUGCUGACGUCUGGCUUUGGUGAGGACGGCCAGCUACGCUCCUGGCAGCACCGCCUCAGUUCCAGUGGCUGAGGAUUUUUAACGCUGUUAUGAGUCUUUUUCAUUUUAGCUUGUCUGGUUGAAUGUUCACGUUUUAGUAUUUCUCAAAGCAUGAUGUUAGAAAGCGCUUAAUAAAUAUUUAUAGAUAAAUAA